GAUCCUUCUGCCAGAUUCUCCCAAGUGUUGGGAUUAUAGGCAUGUGCCCUUGGUCUCAAAGUUGAUACUCUUCCUCCCAGAGGGCAGGAAUUAGAAGUGUGCUACUAUGCCCCCUGCCCCAUACUGAGGAUUGAACCCAGGGCCUUGUUCAUAGCAAGCCUCCAAGUGGUCAGUGUACUUUUGUAUACAAGAUGUAACAGAUUCAAAUGCUGUUGGUAAUCAUUCUAGUUUAUUUCAGGGGCCAGUUUUUUAUACUUUCCCAGACUAUUUCCUUUCCUGAAGGUUAGAGGUUUCAGGUCUUCUCUGUAUGUUAACUCCCAAAACUACAUCUCCAUUAACUGAGCUCUAGAUACCCUGCUGGCACCUCAAACUCUGCUUUAUUUAAAGAACUAGUUUCACUUGAAAAGUUAUCUGUGUAAGCAAACUCUUCCCUCACCCAUGUAUACACCUGGGUUAUCUUUAAACUUGAAAGUGUCUUUUAAGAGAAAUUUUCAUCCCGGUGUCACUAUUGUAGUUGACUGCCCUAUUCUUUUGUACUGCAGCAAAUUAUUUUUAAAAAUCCCUAUUUUCCAAGAAGUCCAACACCUAAGGCUAAGUGGUGGCAGGCAGCUUGAAACUCAAGUGUUCCAGCCCACAGUUAGAGCCCUUCACGUAAUAACAUUCGGAAACCAGACCGUGGGGAAUUAAUAAACCAGAACAAUUCUGCAUGUGACUGGAUCCAUACCCAGUCCCAUAUGUAAUACAGAACUUGCUUCUGUAAUUUCCCCUCCCGGGCAGUAGAGGUUUGGUAAUUGUUUAAGUAGCGAUCUUGUUUUUCUCCUUUGCCUCCCUGUAUAAAUACACUCCGCCGCCGAAUGAGCAACUACCCCAUCUGUUGCUGGGGGUAGGCAGUGACGUCGAGGCUAGAAUGCACUGACCUGGUUUUCUGGCUUCAAGGACCUAGGAGCCCGGAAGGCCAGGGAGAAUGAGCGGGAGGCAAAGGCCAGAUGUUCCACUUCUGGGGCCCCGCCCAUGCAGCGGGCAGGGCGGGCCAGGCCCGCGGUCCUCGGCCAGGGACCUCCACUGGGGAAGAAACGCAGCGGCCGGGGAGGUGAGCGAGUGGGUGUGUGCGUGGGGGAGCGGCCAAACUUCCUGUCCCGCGUUCGAGCUGUUUCCGGCGGGAGCCGGAAGACGCUGUAAGUGGACGGAAUUCGGGACCGACAGACGGCCGGCCGGCACCCCGGGUCUAGAAGGUUAAAUUUGUUGCCAGCCCAAUUCAGCAUCUUACAGGAUGAGCAUAGAAUUUUCUAAGGAAUAUGAGCAUAAUAGGAAGGUAUCAUUGACUCUGAAUUAAGUCUGAACCUGUACCCUGAAGAGCUACAGGAUUUUGUAAUCUGAAUCAAUGUUAUCAGAUGAGUUAGAAUCCAAACCAGAGUUUCUGGUACAGUUUUUUCAGAAUACCUCCAUUCCAUUGGGACAGGGACUAGUAGAGUCAGAAACUAAAGAUAUAACUUGCUUGUCACUCCUUCCGGUGACUGAGGCUUCAGAAUGCAGUCGGCUAAUAUUACCAGAUGAUACCUCAAAUCAUACUAACUCCUCUAAGGAGGUCACUUCCUCGGCUGUAUUGAGAAGCCUUCAGGUAAAUGUGGGCCCAGAUGGAGAAGAGACAAGGGCUCAGACUGUACAGAAGUCCCCAGAAUUUUUAUCCACUCCAGAGUCUCCUAACUUAUUACAAGAUCUACAGCCAAGUGACAGCACUUCUUUUAUUCUUCUUAAUCUAACAAGAGCAGGUCUGGGCUCUUCAGCUGAGCAUUUAGUGUUUGUUCAAGAUGAAGCAGAGGAUUCAGGGAACGAUUUCCUCUCCAGUGAGAGCACAGAUAGUAGCAUUCCAUGGUUCCUCCGAGUUCAGGAGUUGGCCCAUGACAGUUUGAUUGCUGCUACUCGUGCACAGCUAGCAAAAAGUGCAAAAACCAGCAGUAAUGGAGAAAAUGUCCACCUCAGUUCUGCUGAUGGGCAACCCAAAGAUUCUGGACCCCUUCCUCAAGUGGAGAAGAAGCUCAAGUGUACUGUUGAAGGAUGUGACCGGACAUUUGUGUGGCCAGCUCACUUCAAGUACCACCUCAAAACUCAUCGAAAUGACCGCUCCUUCAUCUGCCCUGCAGAAGGCUGUGGAAAAAGCUUCUAUGUGCUGCAGAGGCUGAAGGUGCACAUGAGGACCCACAAUGGGGAGAAGCCCUUUAUGUGUCCUGAGUCCAGUUGUGGUAAGCAGUUCACUACAGCUGGAAACCUCAAGAAUCACCUGCGCAUCCACACAGGAGAGAAACCUUUUCUUUGUGAAGCCCAAGGAUGUGGCCGUUCCUUUGCUGAGCAUUCUAGUCUCCGAAAACAUCUGUUGGUUCACUCAGGAGAGAAGCCUCAUCAUUGCCAAGUCUGUGGGAAGACCUUCUCUCAGAGUGGAAGUAGAAAUGUGCACAUGAGAAAACAUCACUUGCAGGGGGGGACAGCUGGGAGUCAAGAGCAGGAGCAAACUGCUGAGCCACUAAUGGGCAGUAGUUUGCUUGAAGAAGCUUCGGUACCCAGUAAAAACCUGGUAUCUGUGAAUUCCCAGCCCAGCCUUGGAGGAGAGUCCUUGAACCUACCAAAUGCCAAUUCCAUCCUGGGAGUUGAUGAUGAGGUGCUUACUGAAGGAUCCCCACGUCCCCUGUCUUCAGUGCCUGAUGUAACACAUCACUUGGUGACCAUGCAGUCAGGGAGGCAGUCAUAUGAGGUUUCUGUCUUAACGGCCGUAAAUCCACAGGAGGAUAUCCAUGCAGCCACAACAGCGCAACUAAAGAUAUGGAAAAGGACACCCAGAACUACUUCGGAAAGUUGUAAGAAAGAUUGAACGUCUAAAGGGAGGGAGCAAAAACAAGGGUAGAGAUAACCAUCCUCGGUAUAUUUAAGAGCAAUAUUAAUCAUCCUCUGCAAAAUAUGUUGGUGUUUUCUGUAAAUGAAUUUACCAUAGCUGGCAUUUUCGGAAAGAACAAGAUUCUGAGAUUAAAUGCAUUGGCAGAUGAAGCCUUCUCUGGAAGCCCAGAGAUUUCCUACCCCAGGAAAAGUUCAUUAACUGAAGUGGAGGAGCUGUGAGUUAAAAUAUGCUUAAACAGCCAAAUAUUUAGUGGAUUUGCUAGGCUCGUACUUACCUUAACACAGUACUAAUAGUCAUUUGCUGAGCUGCACACCAUAAACACGCGUACCAUCAACCACGUACCACUGCAUUUCCUGUAAACCUGCUAAGUGCCGCAUGAGAUAAAGACGGAAAACCUCCACAGGAAGAGAUUGAGGGUCAGAGAGGCUAAGCCACUUGUUCAAAGAUACCCAGUGAGCCAAUGGAAAAGCCAGGAUUAGAACUUUUGGCCAUUCAAAAGCUCCACACUUCUGUGAUCACACCCCCACCCUGCCGGGCAGAGCCCCUGAAGGAGCUCUUCAAGCAGCAGGAAGCUGUGUCUGCAGCACAGCAUGGAGCGGGAGAAGCUUAUUGUGACCCGUGAACAGGAGAUCAUACGGAUACACUGCCAGGCAGCCCGCACCACUGCCAACCAGGUGACACCCUUCAGCACCUGCACAAUGCUGUUGGACUCCGAGGUCUACAACAUGCCUCUGGAAAGCCAGGGGCACGAGAACAAGUUUGUGCAAGAUCGCUUCAAUGCCCGCCAACUCAUCUCCUGGCUACAGGAUGUGGAUGACAAAUAGGGCUGCAUGGAAACAUGUCUCCUGAUGUAGCAACAGCACGAGGCUGUGGCUCUCAAUGCCAUGCAGAGGAUGGAGUGGCAGCUGAAGGCGCAGGAGCCGGUCCCUGCCGGGCACAAGUCCCUGUGUGCGAAUGAGGUGCCCUCCUUCUAUUUGCCCAUGGCUGAAGUCAACGACGAUUUUGUGCUGCUGCCAGUGUGACACCCACGGAGGGCCACUCAGUCUCCAGUGCUGCCAGUGAGUCCCAGCGGUGGAGGAGGAGAGGAGUGAGACUGCACCUGGCCCGUGCCUACCCUUCCAGACUGGCUGGAGGCUAGGGAGAUGGAGCGCUUCCCUUUACCAGAUGCCGCAGAAACACUGGGCCAACAUUGCAGCCUGCGGCCCGGGAGGAAUACACCAAGGUGUGAGAGGAUGACAGCUCCCUCUUGAAGGACAGUGCCCAGGAGCAGCCACAGGACAGAGCACUUCAGUUCCUUGCUCAUUCUGAUCAUCUGUAGGACGUGAACCAAGGCAUAAUCCUCUCUAGGUCCCCCCUGGAGUGAAUUCCAGGUCAGAGGCAGGACAGCGCCAUCUUGGCCCUGUCUUCGGUGCAGAUUGAGACGCUGGGGAGCCCCGUGUGGUGAGGGCCCAGCUCCCACCUAUCUGGCUCGAGAUAUGCAGCCAGGACUCUCCAGCAGUGUUUUGAAUGGAGUCAAAUCCACAUGGUUUGUGUAUUUUUUUCCUUUAAUCUUGGACAUUUUGUUUCUCUUUCUGAGAGCAUAACUUGAAACACUACAGAGCCAAUAAUCCUAUAUAAAGUGUAUCCAAGGAUGCUGUACAAUUUUAUAUACCUUCACAAUGUACUUUGCUACCUUCUAGAUAAUUUAUUUUACAACACAUUACUGCACAGUUGUAAAUAACUUAUGUACUGUAACAUCACUUUCAGUUAUG